AUGAUUGAUGGCGGAGCACUAGAGAACGGUUCGCUCACACUUGACAACGAUCCUGUAAGCCUCAAAGUCUACGAUCUCGAUCUCGAUCAAGAUACCAUCCCGUUGAGUGAGCAUCGUGGGACGGGCCGGGGGCGAGGAGCCCCUCAGCCCUUCCCUUUCUAUGGAUGGACGGUUAUCGGCGUACUUCUAACAAUUGGCUUUACCCAAGCUUCUAAAAGACCCCAUCAUCCACAUAUCGAGGAUCCAAAUUCGCGUUUCGCGUGCAUUGGCUCACUUCUGGCCGAUCAACCGGCGUGUCAAUGCCGUGAAGAUGACGGAGAGCUAUCAUGUAUUAAUGCUCAAUUCAUCGAAACGAGAGUUUUCCUCACCGUCAACAAUCAUUAUAAACACUUAUCGAAGAUCACAUUUCACGGGAACAACUUCCAAGAUCUUCCUCAAGGAUCCCUUUUUGGUGACGUCAUUCACUCAUCGCUCACCACGCUGAACAUUUCCGCCAAUUACAUUGUCAAUUUGCAUUCGGGAGCGUUGAAAGGUGUUCCCAACUUGCGAGUGCUCGACUUGAGCAACAACGAGAUCGUGCUGAAAGAGGAGAAUGUCGAUUUUCUCACGCACACACCGCAUCUUACGGAGCUCUACUUGAGGAGAGCUUUCACAGCCACUCUCAAUCGAACUCAACAAUUCGAUCUCAUGAUGAGAAUGUUCAAGCGAGCGAAUCUACAAAAGUUACUAAUCCUCGACCUUUCCUACAAUUUCCUCGACACGAUUCCCUCUCAAUUGCCUUGUCCAUUUCCAUCACUCCAAAAAUUGGAUCUCCGUCAGAAUUUCCUCGAGGAUCUCCCCGUGAAUGCGUCUUGCUUGAAAAAUAUGGGAUAUCUCGAUUUGAGCCGAAAUCAAUUCCACCAGCCAAGCAAGGCUCUCCGUCAGUUGCUCGGUCGUCUGCCGGAGAAUUCGGUGAAUUUUCGGAAUUCUUUUCAUUGUGAUUGCAAGAGUGCUGAAUACAUUCAAUGGAUUCGAUCAACUAGAGCGAUCCGCGAAAAAACGACGCUCAUCUGCGACAAAGCGAGCCCGAAAAGUCUCCAGGGACGACGACUCACCGAUGUGCCUAUCAAUGAACUCGACUGCUCUUUGCCACUUCUCAUCAACCCAAACUCAUCAUCUGCCCAUUUCGAUUUCACCGAAAAACUUGCCCUUUUCCUAUUUCUUUUUUUCUUCAGGGUAUUCAAU